AUGGAUAACUUUCUUUCACCCAAAAUCCAAUCAAAAUCUUGAAUCUCUGGAAAGGUCGUUGCAUCAGUAAGUGCAAUUAGUUUAAUAAUUGUUAUUGGAGUUAUUGCUAUUUGCUCUGCUUCUUCAACUCCAAGUCUUCUUUUAAAGCAAUUUGAGCUUGAAGAAUCUGAAUUCCAAGAUUUCCUCAAUAUGUAUGGCAAAAAUUAUCAAGGAGAAGAGUAUCUGAAACGUUUUCAGAUCUUUAGAGAUAACUUAUCAUUCAUCAGAGUAAAUAACUUUCAAAACAAUGGUUUAGUGCUUGGAGUCAACAAAUUUGCUGAUAUUACCCUUACAGAAUUCAAACAAAAGCACUUAAUGAAUUCAUUUCCAGAAAUAAGCACUAAAAACUCAAAAUUUUCAAAAGUUCUAUUAAAGAUCCUACACUUCCAAACUAUGUUGACUGGAGAAUCAAAGGUGUAG